CGUCCACUCCCUGAAGCUUAAAUGGAAACGAUUCGUCAGUGAGGAUAGAGACCAUUAAGAAUAUCGACUUCUUGAAUUUCGUUUUUGGAUACACAAAAGGAUAUCGAAUAAGUAUAUACAAACAUGGAAAGUAGCGACGAACGACGUGGUCGAAAAAAUCUUGAGGAAAGAUCGAACAUAUUCAGCCGGUUGAUUCUAGGGUGGAUGUUGCCGAUAUUUUUGAAAGGAGCGGGGCAUAAUUUGACAACAGAAGAUCUAUGGGACCCUUUGAAGUCCGAUGAAUCCGAGAGCCUCGGAGAUCGUCUGGAAAAGGAGUGGAAAAAGGAGUUAAUAAAAGCAGAAAGAAAAUUUCUUCUGAUCAAAAAUGGGCAAAAGCAGCCGAAGCCGAGACCGAGUCUGACGUGGGCGUUGAUUCGGGUUCUUUGGGCGCCAUACGCGAUGCAAGGAGUGCUCGUUUUUAUCAAUGUAAUGGUGCUGCGUAUCCUACAACCAAUACUCCAGGGAUGGAUAAUAAAGUGCUUCAAUCACGAGGAGGAACAGAUGGCACGAGAUGAGGCUCUUCUCUACGCUGGUUACCUCGUCCUUGUAACUUUUGGCAUUAUCUUCAUCAGUCGUCAUAACAACCUACGUUGUAGACAGAUUGGGAUGUGUGCAAGGGUUGCGUGCUGCUCGUUGUUAUACAGAAAGGUUCUACGGCUGGAUCAGAGUGCGAUGAACAACGCGAUUGCAGGACGAGUCACCAAUUUGAUGAGCAACGACGUCGCCCGGCUCGAUUUCUUUCCGUUUUAUUUUCAAUACGUUUGGCUCAUGCCGUUCCAGGUGAUAUUGAUCGGAUACGUGAUGUGGCAGUCAGUUGGUGUGGCUUCGUUGGCAGGCAUCCUCAUCCUGAUAAUCUAUGCGAUACCCUUUCAAGGGUACGUUAGCAACAUCAGCGCGAAAUUGAGAUCAGCAAUUGCGGUGCGGACUGAUAAGCGAGUGCAAUUCAUGAGCGAACUCAUUUCCGGAAUACAGGUGGUCAAAAUGUAUGCUUGGGAAAAACCAUUUGAGUUCAUGGUAUCGCAAGCUCGGACUCUAGAGAUGAAACUGAUUGGUAAUACCACGUACCUUACAGGAAUACGUCUGAGUUUUAUGAUAUUGUUGGAGGAAAUCACUCUUUUCUCAACGUUGAUCACGUUUGUUCUGGCUGGGAACACCCUUACUGCAAAUGCCACUUUCGUGAUUUCUGCACUUUUUAACGCGCUUCAACUAACGAGUGCAAAUUUUUCACCUCAAGGAAUAGUCCUGGCUGGCGAAACUGCUGUAUCCCUAGAGAGAAUAACGGAUUUUUUACUCUUGGAUGAAAUCAAAAUCCCUCGAAAAGUGGAAUUGAAAUCAAAAUAUGGUACGAAGUAUGUGGAAGGGAUGAGAGAUGAGUCACUUGAAAACGGGAUUGGAAUCGAGUUGGUUAACGUCGCUACCAACUGGGUUCACGGCCGACUGCCUCCUACAUUGUGUAACGUGUCGAUUGAUGUGAGGAGUCAGUCGCUCUCUGUUCUCGUGGGGUCUGUGGGCUCCGGAAAGUCAUCUCUGCUUCACCUCAUGUUGGGAGAGUUGAAAGUGGGAGCUGGAAGUUUGUCAUUUUACACCAGUAAAAACGGUAUCAAGACCAGCAAAGACAGUGGUGAUGUUCGUAUUUCUUACGCUAGCCAAGAUCCUUGGCUUUUCUCGGCUUCCAUACGUGAGAAUAUUCUUUUCGGCCAGCCGUACGACAAAACUCGAUACCAUGAGGUGACACGAGUUUGUGCUUUGUUCAAAGACUUUGAACAGUUGCCUAAUGGCGACUCGAGCUUUGGCGGAGAAAGAGGCGCGUCCCUGUCCGGAGGCCAGAGAGCCCGCAUCAAUUUGGCCAGAGCUAUUUACAGAGACGCCGAUGUCUACUUACUUGAUGACCCACUCAGUGCUGUUGAUACUCGCGUAGGUCGUCAAUUGUUCGAAGAAUGCAUCAUCGGCUUCCUGAAAGGAAAAACUCGAAUUCUGGUUACUCACCAGCUGCAAUAUCUUCGGCAGGCCGACACUGUUGUAGUUCUCGACCACGGGAAUAUAAAGUACCGGGGAUCAUACGAAGAGCUGGACCAUACUAGUACCCACUUGUUUGCUUGCGAAAAGUCAGACAAAUCCGACGAAGACAAGAAAGUCAAAGAAUGUGACGAUGUUGACACAGAGUCCAAAAAGGCAAUACCUGCAGGUAUAAAUGCCGAUGACAGGGUGACGACAAAUUCGGAAAGUAUUCGAGACCCAAGAGAUGUCACCGAGGAAAAGGUGGAGAAGGGUGUUUUGUCGUGCCAAUUACUCCGGGGCUAUUUUUUGGCGGGCAGUAAUCUGUUCUCGGUGAUUUUCAUAGCGACAGUUUUUGUAAUCGGGCAAGUAGCAAUGAACGGGACCAAUUACUGGGUAUCACACUGGACCAACCAAGAGGCCCUCAGAACUAAGUUACAAUCCCACAAAUCCAGUGCAAACGAUACGCGGUAUCGUAAUGAUACCAUAGGACGUCAACAAGAGAUUCGCUCUUCAUCCCAAUCGCAGUGGUUUGACGAAUUCGGACUACUAAACGUCAUUCCGAUAAUAUAUAUUUACGCAGCAUGUGUCAUCGGCUGCAUGUUUUUCGUCUCGCUGCGCAAUAUGCUUUUUCUGAGAAUGUGCAUCAAUGCCAGUCACAAUAUACACAAUGAAAUGUUCGCCAACCUCUUGCAGGCCACCAUGAGAUUCUUCAAUACCAAUCCAUCUGGAAGGAUACUUAAUAGGUUCUCAAAGGACGUUGGCACCAUGGAUGAACUGCUGCCCACGACCAUGCUAGAAUCACUUCAAAUUUUGCUUAAGAUGGUCGGAUCCUUCACGAUGGUGGCCGUGGUCAAUCCGUGGAUGACCAUUCCCAUAAUUAUAAUUUGUGGAACGAUUUACAUGAUCGCGUUAUUCUAUAUUAAAACGGCGCAAGACAUCAAACGCUUCGAAGGAAUCGCGAAAAGCCCUGUGUUUUCACACGUCAGUUUAACUCUGGACGGGCUGACGACAAUACGAAGCAGAGGCCCCUCGGAGCAAUUACUACUGCGGAAAAAGUUCGAUCGCCUGCAAGACAAACACACCGGGGCCUGGUAUCUUACUGUUGCGGGAACCACCGUAUUGGGACUGAUGCUUGAUACUUGCUUGAACAUUUUUACUGCUUGCGUAUGCUUUUCGCUCAUCUUUAUGGACGAUGGAAAUUUUCUCGGAGGAUCUGUGGGACUUGCUAUUUCUCAAUCACUGGCCAUGUCUGGAGUAGCUCAAUAUGGUAUGUGGCAGACAGCUGAAGUAAUCUCGCAGAUGACCUCGGUCGAAAGAAUUCUACAAUAUACAAACUUGCCUAAGGAGGGACCGUUCACCACUGAGAAGCCUCCUGCACCCACUUGGCCUUCUGAUGGUGGUUUGAUCUUUAAGAACGUCACCAUGAGAUAUGCUGACAAUAAACCGCCUGUCUUAAAGGAUCUGAACGUGGAUAUAAACCCUGGUUGGAAGGUUGGCAUAGUGGGAAGAACAGGUGCUGGUAAAUCUUCCUUGGUCUCGGCCCUCUUUCGUUUAACUGGAGAGGGGCUGGAUGGUGCGAUAGAAUUAGAUGGGAUUGACACGAAAUCAGUCGGGCUGCACGAGUUACGUCCCUGCAUCUCGAUAAUCCCUCAAGAGCCUAUUUUGUUCUCGGCAACUCUCCGCUACAACUUGGACCCUUUUGGAAAAUACUCAGACACCGAGCUUUGGCACAGCCUUCGUGAAGUGGAACUUGGAAAUGUGGUUUCAUCCCUGGACGUUCCAGUUGCCGGAGGUGGAGCCAACUUCAGUGUUGGACAACGCCAGUUAAUCUGCCUGGCCAGAGCCAUCCUCAAGAAAAAUAAGCUCCUCGUGCUUGACGAAGCUACCGCCAACAUUGAUCGUAACACCGACAAAUUGAUUCAAAACACCAUACGCCGAAGAUUCGCAGAAUGCACAGUUCUAACGAUAGCUCAUCGAUUGAACACGGUAAUGGACAAUGACCGAGUUUUGGUUAUGGGAGAAGGCCGAAUCCUGGAGUACGGUCAUCCGCAUUUGCUGCUGAGAGAUCCGAAUGGUUACCUUUCACAAAUGCUUCAACAAACUGGAACAACAGUGGCACAUGAACUUGCUGCAAUUGCCGAACGUAACUACAAACGUCACUGAAUAUUAAAUACCGAGAGACGUCACACGAUAGCAUCACUACUGCCAGCGAAUAAAUCGUAUAUCUCUCUUUAGUCACAGCAUAAAAAAAUAAAAAUCGUUACGUGCACUCACAUUCCUUAUCAAGUUCAAAAGUUGUCCACAUAUUGCGUCACCCAAUUUUUACAGUCCUCGCCACUCCUUAUGUGAUCAACACUACAUUCGAUUAUGACUGCUGAUCCCUGAAAGGUUCAAGAGCAAUGCUACGACGUCCCAUUGAAGUGACCCUGAAAGACGAGAAUUAGACGUGAACCUAAAAAGUUAGUUGCCUAUUCUAAUGGUCACCGGCUUCUUAGUUUCCGCCAUACAAACUGGAUAGCAUUGCCCGAUAAUUCAAGAACUUACAACUAUUCCCAAUGCCACCAAAGCGUGUUGUACAAAUUAACCCAUGACUGUAGGUCAAUUCCCCGUCUUCAAUGGAGUGUUACGUAACGUCAAUAUUGGUCCCCGCCUCCCAGUCCGGGAAACAGAAAAGCAUUGAGGACUGUGCAUGUGCGACCUUCUCAUCUGUAACAAGCUGUGUUCAACGAUUGCCACUUUGCAAAGUAUCACACUCCAAACCCGUGGCUGUGAUUAAGGAUGAUAGCCUUUGUUUCACAAUUAAGAAUCUUUGUAUGCAUAUGAAUAAAAUGACUUAGUACUUUA